AUGAACAAAUACACUUUAGAGUUUAAAUACAAAUCCUUUGAAGAUGAAUAUUAAUAAUAAAGAAUACAUACUAUCAGUAUACCUGUGUUUAAAUUUGGAUCUGCUUGCAUAUUAGUUGUAGCCACCCUUAAACUAAUAACAUUAGUUCUUCAAAAUUAAUUAGAUUUAGUACCAAUCUUGAUUGCAUGCCAAGUUUACACGUUAUUAUCAUUUCUUUUUUUGCAUUUCAAAAUACACAAAAUAAACAUUUAGCUCAUAUUGUUAGCAUACAUAUUAAUUGCUUAUGAGCUUAUAAUAAAAACUGACACUAGUCCUCAAGCGUUAUCAUUAUACUAAAGCAAUUUUACAAUGUGUGGUGUCAUUAUAAUACUAAUUUCAGAAUUUAAAGAAUCUUUAGUUAUUAUAAUAUCAACAUUCUUAUUUAAGAUAAUUUACACUAUGGUUGUGGAAACAUAAAAAUCUUAUCUCAUCUAUUUUUCAACACUAUUUUUGAUGCUUUUCAUGUGUUUUUUUUCAUAUAAAUUAAAUACCUUAAAUAGAACAAGCUUCCUUUUGAGUUAAUAUGAUUACAUGUGGGGUAUGAAUUAAAAUAUUUUUAGAAAGUGUUUUUCCAAAAAUUGUUGAUAAUCCAUAUAUAAUAUUUUCAUUCAGUGAAGAUAAGCUAGAAUUUUUAUUUAAAUCUUAAAGUAAGAUGCCAUUUGAGUGCAAUAAUUCCAAAUAAUUAAAAACCUUUUUAAGAGAAUGGAAUUACAAUUUGGAAUCAUUAGAAAAUACUUUUUAUAAAUUAUACUAAAAUUAAGCUCUUAAUGAAUUCCACUCAAAAAGAAUAGAAAUAACAAAAGAUUGUAAAAAUAAAUAAUAUAUACGUUAUUCUAUGAUGAAAUCUAUAUCAUCUACUUUUAUAAUAAAGUUUGAUGAUUCUGUGAUUAAAGUUGAUGAUUGUAAAAUAAUUAUGAAGAAGAUGAUAAAAAAUUCAUAAUAAUUGAGAAUGGAAUUAAUAAAAAGCAUAUAUAAAAAUUUAUAGAAGUCAUUAAAUUCAAAAUUUUAAGAUAAUUUAUGGUAAAUGAGAAAUAGUUGUUUAAAAUAGAUACUGAAUUUUAAAAUAUUGAAAAAUAGAUUGAAAACUUAAUAGUUUGAUAUGGAAAAUUUAUUAUUUUUGAAUGAAUUUUUUGGAUAUAAAUUUAGCAGAUUAAUAGUAUUUAAUCCAAAAAAUGAUAAAAUCACAACAAUAGUAAUAUAAUUAAAAAGAUUGUUUUUUGAAAUACUCGAAGCAGCAUCUCAUUAAAGUUAAGUAGAUGUAUAAAUAUUGGAUACAGUAACAGUAUCUUAUGAGGGAAGGGAAAUUAAUUAGAAAAAGGAUUCAUUAUUAAAAUCAAUAUGGAAUACUUUAGUAGAAAGAGUAGAGAGGAAAAAUAAUAGAUGGCUAAUAUAAUUAUAUAAAGAACCUUAAGUCAAUUUUACAGAUUAAUAAUAUACUUCUAAAUGA